AGGAAAAGAGUCUGUUUAUCUGGAGAACAAAUUCAUGAAAAGCUUUUUUGUAUUUAUUCUUGCAAUGGCAAGUGUUUGGCUACAGAUGGAAACCUAAACACUCUUGUUGAAGUUUGAGAAAGCUCGUAUAUACAGGAUUUCAUACAUAUAUUUAAUACGGCAUCAUUAUUUUCAAGGUGGAAUGAAUUUGGACAGAAUCGCAGAGACGGUGAGACCCCCACCGACGCGCGACAUGGCCUCUACGUUUCACUUGCCGAGAACUGCAAACAACACUCGAGAAACGUUGGAGAACUCAAGCAGCGAGUCAUCAGAUACUGAAAUAACAGAAAAGGAGAGGAGUGUAGAACACAGAAGUGACGAUGGAAACGCGGAUGACCCCAAAAAGAAGAAAGCGAGGCGGCAGAGGACUCAUUUCACCAGCCAGCAGCUGCAGGAGCUCGAGGCCACCUUUCAGCGGAACCGCUACCCCGACAUGAGCACGAGAGAGGAAAUAGCUGUGUGGACCAACCUCACCGAGGCCAGAGUCAGGGUGUGGUUCAAAAAUCGCAGGGCCAAAUGGAGGAAGCGUGAACGCAACCAGCAAAUGGACCUGUGCAAGAACAGCUACCUGCCCCAGUUCAGUGGCCUCAUGCAGCCCUAUGACGAGAUGUAUCCCACCUACACCUACAACAACUGGACGAACAAAGGACUGACCCCGGCUAAUCUGUCCACAAAGAACUUCACUUUUUUCAACUCAAUGAGCCCACUCACAUCCCAGUCAAUGUUCUCAGCUCCUAACUCCAUCUCCUCUAUGACUAUGGCCGGAAGUAUGGGCGGGCACUCGGCUGUACCGGGGAUGCCAACUGCGGGCCUGAACAACAUCAGCAAUUUUAACGGCAUCGGCACCGCUACAAUCAACUCAGCCAUGUCCUCGUCGUCCUGUCCGUAUGGGCCUCCUGGUUCCCCUUACAGCGUAUACAGAGACACAUGUAACUCUAGCCUGGCGACCCUGAGACUGAAAUCGAAACAGCACCCAACCUUUGGAUACAGCGGGUUGCAAAGUCCCGGGUCUAGCCUUAACGCCUGCCAAUACAACAGCUGACGUAUCAGCCGUGAUGAAAAUAAUUUGCGGACAGCUCUAAACCUAGUAGCCUAGCCUACCUGCGAAUGGAGCGAAAGACAACUAAACUGGAUUAGUUGCAAUCAUUUAUUUUUCAAAUGAAUUAUGCGGGUUGUAGCCUAUGUGUUUACCAAUGAACUUGUAGGCUACAACAAUUUUAAUGUCCAUGUUUUUUGGAUUUAAAAGUGAUGAUGAAGAUGUGUUACAUUGCAACGUUGUACAUUAGCCUACAUAAGAAACAGACAAAGGAUCUCCUAUGCAUGUUCGCUUACUUGCUUUGAGGGCUCAAACCCAUUUGAAUUGACUUGUAUUGGUCUAAGCCAGCGUUUCUCAAACUCGGUCCUGGGGACCCCAAGGAGUGCGCGUUUUGUUUUUUUGCCCUAGCACUACAUAGCUGAUUCAAAUAUUCAACCAAAACCCCCCUGGGGUCCCGAGGACCGAGUUUGGUAAACGCUGGCUUAGGCCCUGUACUCUUGGUCUUGGAUUAGAAACAGUUUGGUAAACUUGGAUUAGAAACCAAGAAGUGGAACACAUAUAACUAGACAUAUCCGGACUCUGUAGAAGAACAAUUGUAUUGUACAUAGCUCAGACUUUUAUGUUGCUCAUGUGUUUUACCGUUUAUGCAGGGGGUGCCACUGGCCCACCCAAUUGUGUCCUGUUUCUGUAGCAUGACUUUACCUUUAAAUGCUCUGUCUGGAGUAUUUUCGUUUUAUUUGUUUGCUAAAAAUAGAAUUUCUGCAUUUUUAACAUGGGUGCAAAGUGUUUUGUACGAGUUGAUAAUAACGUAAGAUAAAGCAAAAUCCAUUAUACUGUAUUCAAAAGGUGAUUGAAAAGUAACUUCAUGUGUUUUUGGUAAUAUGUUUGAAUAAACUACAGCAGAAAGAAGUGCAUUUCAGAUAUUAAAUGACAGAAAAGGUAUACAUGACAAAACAUAAUAUGUUCCAAGUUUAUGGAAUAAAAGAUAGUAGUGCAAAGUAAACAG